AUGAUUGAAGAUCCCAAGGAUGAUUACGUAAUUUUGAAAGAACCGGAAGGGUUGGGCGGUGGUAAUGUCCGCGGCGGUGGCAGUUGUUGUUCACUGCCUUCUUCUUCCUCGUCGUCGAGGAGCUGUAGUAGUGUUGGUGGUGGCUUUUGGUUUUCUUUGUUUGGUUUGAUGCACCAAUCGGGUAUGUCUCAAUCACUUCAUGAUACACACCUGAGUGGGAGAAGUGGUGGAAGAAUCCUGAAACUGUGGAGUUGUAUCAGUUUAUGGGAAAAGAUAAUGUACCCUUUCAUACUAGAAUGUGUGAUGCAAGGGAAGGUGGCAAGUGUUACGUGCUCUUACAAUCAAGUCAACGGGAUUCCAACCUGUGCUAACCCUAGACUUCUUUAUGACACCAUUCGUGGGGCUUGGGGACUCAAUGGGUACAUUGUUUCAGAUUGCGACUCUGUUGGAGUAUUCUUUGAUAAUCAACACUACACUGUCACCCCUGAAGAAGCUGCUGCAGAUGCAAUCAAAGCAUCAAAAUAUUUUAGUUUUCAUAAAUAA